AUGACCGAGAAAUCAUCCACGAUGGUAGAUACAUCUAAUGGCACACAGCCAUCCCGGCCACAGGUGACGAAGCAAGACACCGACAGGGACUUGGACGACUACUUUGGUGCAGUCGGCAUCAACCAGCUGCUCCUUACGGUCCUAGGUUUCGUCGUCGGUCUCGCACUCAGCUUCCGUAGCUCCACGGCCUAUGAACGCUACAACGAAGGCCGCAAGUACUGGGCACAACUCACACUAGCAUCGCAGAACCUGUCGCGUUUGAUCUGGAUCCAUGUGGAUGAGCGACAUGCAAAGGAUGCUGUGCUUGGCAAGCAAGACCUAUUGGAGAAGAUUAGCUGUCUGAACUUGAUCGCUGCUUUUGCUGUUACUUUGAAACACAAGCUGAGGUUCGAGCCGUAUAUGCACUACGACGACCUGAAGCAUCUCGUCGGGCACCUCGACACGUACGCCAAAGAUGCCGACCAACCCGAUUCCCGCAAGAAGCCAAAUGUUUUCAAGACGGCUGGGCAGUUUCUUGGAUUGUCCAUGGCCCAAAGUAACCCGCGGAAACUGAUCAAGCGCGCGCGCGCACCACUCGGCAACUUGCCUCUAGAGGUUCUUUCCCAUCUGUCUUGCUACAUGAAGAACAUCUACGACAAUGGGACGUUCAAGGUAUCCAUCUACCAGACGCAGUCUCUCAACGCAUUGACGACCAUGAAUGACGUACUUACUGGUACUGAGCGCAUCUUAAACACCCCUCUUCCCAUUGCGUACAGCAUAGCCAUCGGGCAGAUAACCUGGGUCUAUAUUCUCUUGCUCCCUUUCCAGCUAUACAAAGCCCUGGGCUGGGUGACGAUUCCCGCAUCCUGCUUUGCAGCCUACAUCAUCCUUGGCAUAGCACUCAUUGGACGCGAAAUCGAAAAUCCCUUUGGUGACGACGUCAACGACCUCCCUCUCGACACGUAUUGCGAGCAGAUCCGCAAAGAUAUCGACAUCAUCAUGUCGCGCGCGGCGCCCGUUGUUGGCGAGUUUGUGAUGCACGAGGAGAAUAUGCCCAUGUACCCGCUUUCACAUAUGGGAAGCAGAGGUUGGGCAGAUAAGAGUGUGGAUGAGAUACGAGACGCGUUGGCUGCGAAGCCUGGUCUGCAUUAUCCGCUGGUGGAACACGGCGAGCAUCCGAAAGGUGGGUACAGAGGGCGCCGCCAAGGAAGUGUGGACAAUCGGGCAGAGUAUGGCGAGGCGGGACAUGGUGGUGACGGUGGAGAUUGA